AUGUCGGUGGGUGAACCAUUGCAGAGAUGUUUGGGCGACCUAAGCAAGCACAUCGACGCUCUAGUCUCGCAGAACGCGGCAAUGCGGAAAGAAAUUCAGAAGCUGUCAGGGAAACUCGACCUCCAACAAGCUGAAGACCAGCGAAUGGAGCUGCUCGGCGUUGUUCCGGAUGCGAGGCACGAGAAAGAGGUGUCUGUGAAGCCGCCACCUGUGCCGGAGGUUGAGCCGCCGCCGAGCCAGUUAGCUAAGAAGCAAACAGAGGCAUACCUGCAUCAGCUGUCUUGGGGCCUUGAUGAGAACACCUCUUCUUGGCGUGCCGCUGGUCAGGGCGCCGGCGGCAUGCUGGGAGCAGCGCGCUUGGGCCAGCUAAAGCGGCCGCCAACGACGUCUCCAGACCACGCUCCGCUGCAGAGCUUCAGGGAGCUCUUCCACUGGGUCACGGAGAUGGGUGGUGUCAGCCGGGGCAAAGACGAGCCUUUGAUCACUGCUUUUUGCAACAGCUCCCUCUUCAAGUCACUUUGCACCUUGGCGAUCAUGGCCAAUACGGUGUAUCUGGGAGUGGCUGCAGACAAUGCCGUCAGGGCAAGCUACGACCGCAUCCUGGGCAAGGAGGUUUCCACUGUCGACCGAACGCCUGAAAUCUGCUUCACGGUCUGGUUCUCCAUCGAAAUCCUUGUGAACUGUGCAGGCUUCGGCUGGAGCUUCUUGACGGGUCCAUCCCGGCUAUUCAACAUUUUUGACGUGGUCCUUGUCGUCAACUCGAUUGUGGAACUGACAUUGGCAGACAACGCGCCCAACGGGCUGAAUUUGUCCUUCCUGCGCAUCUUCCGCGUCUUCCGUCUCAUACGAGUGGUGCGGCUAGUGCGGACGUUGCGCAGUCUGCGCAGUUUGAGGACGAUGCUCUUCUCCAUCAUCUCGUCCAUCGGAGCUCUGUUCUGGGCAUUUGUCAUGCUGCUGUUGACGAUGUUCAUGUUUAGCAUUAUUUUUGGCAACGGUAUAUCUCUGUACUUCGACGAGCUGAACACUAACGACCUUGACAAGGUGGAGAAUGCUCGCACAGUCUAUGAGUAUUUUGGAGGAACUUACGAAACGCUAGUUAGCCUCUUCUGCUCCGUUUCUGGGGGCAACGACUGGAUGACCUACGGGGAGACCCUUCGCUUGGGGCCCGGCGAGGUGUACUUUGUGCUUUUCGUGUUCUACAUCUUCUUUACAUUAGUUGGCCUGCUGAACGUGGUGACAGGUAUUUUUGUCGAUUCGGCAGUGUGCACGCGGACAGAGGAUGAGGUCGUGGAAAGCUUCACCGAGGAGCAAAAGCGCUUGUGUGGUGAGAUGCGCCGAAUUUUCGCGUCUGCGGACAUGGAUGGGAAUGGCUGCAUUACAUUUGAGGAGUUCUGCAAGCACGUGGAGGAUCCUUGGGUGCAAGCGUUCCUCUCUGGUUUGGACAUCGAUAUUUCUGAUGCGCGGAUAGUCUUCACACUGCUGGAUGUGGAUGGCAGUGGGUCAUUAACGGUGGAGGAGUUUGUGGACGGCGCUAUGAAGCUGAAAGGUCCAGCCAAGGGUAUCGACAUGCUCGCGGUCAUGUUCGACCUCGUCCGCUACAGCUUGAGGUUUUCGGAUCUCUGCAGUUUCCUCGAGGAACAGACCGGCCAAAUCAAGGAUCUCCUCGCGAAGGGUUCCUCCCACGGUCCAGCCCGGUACAGGACGGCUGAGGAAGAACUUGCGAAUCUCUCGCGGGUCACGAACCGCAAGAUGCAAGAAGUGACGAUGCCGAGCUUGAGGAGCAUCGAGUCGACUCCAGCAGAGGCGGUCGGAGAUGUUGUGUCAAUGUUGCCAAGCGCAGUGAAGUAG